AGCGGGGGGGGGGCGGGGGUGGCGGCCGCCUUCCCUUGCAAAACAAAAGGGAGCGGAGCGGCGGCAGCCCGGAGGAUCCGUGGGGGUUUCGCUCCUUCUCUGCGCGGUUCGCCGGUGAACCGUGACACCCCCCCGCGCCGUGUCACCACCAUGUCCCGCCGCAGCCAGCGCCUCGUCACCACUCGCUAUUACCCUGAGGACGACGAUGCCACGACCAGCGGCAGCUCCCUGCUGGGGGGGCAGCAGCUCCCCUUCAAGGAGAGCAGUGGCAGGACGGUCAGGAGGAAAUCGAGCAGCACCAAGCGCCUCUCUCCUGCCCCCAGCACCCAAACCUCCUACUACAGCGAGUCCAUGAUGAGCGAGUCCUACCUGGGAGGCAGCCGGGGCCUCGCUGCCCUGGGCAGCUCCAUGCUGGAUGAUGCCCUGGACAGCAGCACGUACUGGGGCGGGGAGCUCUCCAGCAGGAGAAGAAGAGGCACAGGGGACACUGAAUCCAGUAAGAUCAACGGGCUGCUGGAGAGCAAGACAUAUGACACUUACGCCUCUUCAUCUGGGUACUCGUCGGAAGAUGACUAUAAUGGUCACUUUUACUCAGGCCAGAGUAGCUCCGGGUCGGGGCUGAGGACCGCAGCCUCCCGGGUGGGCUCCUUCCUCUGGCAGGUGUUCACCUCCCCGGUUCGGUUCGUGGGGUGGCUAUUCUCAGGGCUGGCAGCUGCCUGGCAUCGCCUGACCGGCACAGCUCCCCGCCUGGGCAGCGUCCUCUUCUCCAGGCGCUACCCAUGGGUGAAGAGAUCCCUGCUUCUGCUCCUGCUUCUCCUGCUCCUUGCUGCUGCUGCCUAUGGAGCUUGGUACUUCUACCCAUACGGGCUGUCGACGCUCAGUCUCCCUGCCUUCCCGUGGUGGGGAGCUGGAAAGCUUUCCUCCUCUGAUGUGCCUGGGACAGGGGACCUGACUGUGCUGGACCAGGGGCUGCGGGGUGAGCACCGGCUCCUGGCUCGCUUCCAGGCCCUGGAGAAGCGCUUUGAGGCGCUGGAGGCCGAGGUGUCGCGGUGGGAGCUGCAGCGGGGGGCGGCAGCAGUGGUGGCAGGGGGAGAGCCACCCCCUGGGGACAUCCUGGCGCUGCUGGAGGGGCUGGUGAGCCGCCGGGACACAGGGCUGAAGGAGCAACUCCGCAGUGACAUGACCAGCCACCUCCAGGGUGAGCUGGCUGCCCUCCGAGCACAGGUGCAGAGGGAUUUAGAUGGGCGCCUGGGGAAGAUGGCACAAGCUUCUCAGGAGAUGGAGGCACGGUUGCUGGAGCUGAACUCAGAAUGGCAGAGCUCGGCACAGGAGAGCCUGCGAGGGAGCUUCCAGCGGGAGGUGGGCAAGCUGGAGCAGGAGGUGGCGGCACUGAGGAGGGAGCUGGCGGGCCUCAGGUCGGACCAGGAGGUGAUGGGGAAGCACCUGGAGGGGAUGCUGGAGCAGCUGAAGGCCGUGCGGGCUGAUUUGGAAGCACAGUUCCCAACAUGGGUCAGUCGGUUCCUGUUGCAGUCCCAGCGGGAUGGCACCGCUGGCUUCAUUCUCCAGCGGGAAGACUUGCAAGCAGAGCUCCAGGCCCUGGAGAGCAAGAUCCUGGCUAAAGUCUUGGAAGACAGGAGGCUGUCAGCACAGGAUGCUCAGGCCCGUAUCGGAGUAGCCCUGCGACAAGGGGGAGCCACGGGGGUGACAGAGGAGCAAGUGCAUCUCAUCGUGGACCAGGCCCUGAAGCGCUUCAGCGAGGACCGCGUGGGAAUGGUUGACUAUGCCCUGGAGUCAGCAGGGGCCAGCGUCAUCAACACUCGCUGCUCUGAAACCUACGAGACACGGACGGCACUGCUGAGCUUGUUCGGCAUCCCCCUGUGGUACCACUCGCAGUCCCCCCGUGUCAUCCUGCAGCCGGAUGUCAACCCUGGGAACUGCUGGGCGUUUCGCGGGUCCCAGGGCUUUGCCGUCAUCCGCCUCUCCAGCAUCAUCCGCCCCACAGCCGUGACAUUGGAGCACAUCCCAAAGGCGCUCUCACCCCAGGGGACCAUCCCCAGCGCCCCCAAGGACUUCGCUGUCUAUGGCUUGAAGGAGGAGGGAGAGGAGGAGGGACUUCUCCUGGGGCAGUUCACCUACAACCAUGAUGGCAACCCCAUCCAAACAUUUUACUUGGAGGGUGAUGCCAUAGGCACGUACCAGCUGGUGGAGCUCCGGGUGCUGAGCAAUUGGGGCCACCCCGAAUACACCUGCAUCUACCGCUUCCGCGUGCAUGGAGAGCCGGUGCACUGAUCCCCGGCUCCCACGUGAGAUGAGGAUGGUGCCAGGCUGAGAGCAGGAGGAGAUUCGUCUGGCUUGCUGCUUCGCACAUAAAAAUCCUGGGGUGUACCAGCAGCCGCCCUGGGGAGAUGCUCCCCUCUGGGAAGAAGAGCUGGUGUUUAAGGGGCGAGGCUUUCACUCUUCCAAGGACCGGGGUGGUGAGGCAAGAGCAUCCUACGUGGGUCCUAGCACAGCCUGGCUUGUUUUCAGUGCGUAUUGGACAUUUUUAACUUUUUAAGCUAAUUUUUUUAUUGGGUCUGCGCAGCCCCCAGUCCCUGUUACCCUGCUCCUCUCUGAUGGCGUGCCUAGCGUGGCCGGGGCUUGGGAAAGGGGUAUGUAGUUUCGUGAUGUGCUUCACGCAGGCUUGAGCGCGACACGGUGUACGGGACUGUGGUGACCGGCUUGGUGCUGCCAGAGUAGGUGGGAGCUGACACGGCCACCAAGUCUCUCCCCUCCAUGCAUGAGGUCAUUUCUCCUCCCUUGGUGUUGGUGGUGUAAAGAUCUCCAGACCUUCGAUGCUGGGUUGGCAGGAGGGAAAUAAGACAGUAUUACUGAAGUAUUAACAUAAAAGCAACAGUUUGAGGCAGCAGGAGGGGAGAAAUUCAGCAGCUAUUGUUGACGGAGCCUGCCCCAGUGCUGCUGUCCAUCCGCUUGAGCCCUUCUGCUGGUGGCUGUGUUGGGUCUUGAUGAUGCCUUUGGCCUACCCAUGUUAAGCUUGACAACGCUAUUGAAAACUACUGUUGCCUGCUUCCCCUUUUGGGUUUGUUCUCAUGGGGUUGUUUUGUUUUGGGGUUGUUUUGGGUUUUUUUUUGGGGUGUGGGGAGGGGGGUGUUUUCCUGUUGAGAUGUUGAGGAAUUUUUUUUUUUUUUUGUAGUAACAAAGGAAAAAAAAUACUUUUUCCAUGUGAUUUCUACUUAACCAGAGAAUGUUACAUGGUGCCGCUUGGGCGAGUAGCUUAGAUGCAGAGAGGGCUAGAGCUUUGUUUAGUAGGAGAAUAGUGCACAUGCACAGUAAGAUAAGCUAGAACGAGAUGAGCGGAGCUCUUAAAUACAAGCUUUGGGUUGCCAGUGGCGUGGUGGUUGGACCUGGGAGACAAGGUCCUCUGUGGACUGCUGCUUGGCAGGGUGCUGGCGGCACUGCUGCCCUCCUUGCUCCGGAGAUGUUCUCCGAGACUGCAACGUGUGGCUGUGGCCUGUCACCCGUGGCUGCACCUGUGCACGAGUGACUGUUCACAGCGAGUGGGAGCUGCUGCUCUGCACGACUGUCUCUGUGCCUGGGUGGUCUCUGGGGUGGGAGAUGGGGCAGUCUACAGGGGUUACUGGUGCAGGUGUGCUGCUGCACCUCAGGGUGGUGGCAGCAGGGCCUCCCCCGCCUGCAGUGCUCGGGGCUGUCUUUGUCACCUCCCAGUGCCCUGUGGCAGAUGGCUGGUGCAGGCUGGCCUCCUUUCUUUUGGAAGUGCUCCCUUUUCUGUCCUGCCUUCUCCUCCCUGUGUUUGCCCAGCCUUGGCUGCAAAGGGCUGUGGUGGAGCAGGACAAGGAGUUCUGCCUGCAUCGGGCACGUAAAUCCUGCCUGUGCCCUGCAUGUGAUGGUGGAGCUGUGGCAGGGGACCACAGGAAGGAUGCACAGGGACCUGCCCCAAGCUGAGGAGUACCAGGGCCAUCUGGCCACUCCACCUCCUGGCUGCUUGCAGCACACAAUGAGUUUGGCUUAUGUUCUUGGACAGUGUUUACAACCUCCACAUUUGUCUUGCGUUUUGUUGAAAGAAAAGCUAAAGGGCUGGUGUUUAACGUUUCAGCUCUGUCUGAUGCUGGCAUCAUCUGUAAGCACUGGGGAAGCACCCCAAAUCCAGCCCUGCUCCUGUCUUCUCUGUUUGAAGUGCUGCAGGGUGAGGGGAGUAGAGGAGGGGAAAGGGCUGAAGAAGCAUCUCCCUUCACCAUGCCCCAAUGGGUGUUGGGCAGCAGGGCCAAGCCCUGCACCCCUCUGCCAGCCCAAAGGGCUGAGGGUGAUGGUGGUGUGUCCCUUCUGGAGAGGUCUCCUCCCUUCCAGCAAGGGAAGUGACUUUGAAGGUGCAGCCCCAUCUCCGACAAGUUAAAAUUACCCUGUGCAGCCCCCUGCAGAGCUGGGAGGCCCUGCUGCUGGGAGAAAGUGGACCCACAGCCAGAUCCAGUGAGGAUAAAUUCUCUCCUCUAUUGAGCAUAGUCUUAAUUCUUGGCAUCUGCUGCCAAAGUUAUUUUAAACUUGUCUGCAGCUGCCUGCUUGCCUUGGAGUCAUGUCUGUGAGUGCCCUGUGUGCAGAGAGUUGUGCUUUAUGAAUGCCUAGACCUGUCCUGGGCUCGGCAGAGCAGCUCCUGUAUUUAAUUGAAUGAGAAACAGAAAGCAGAGAUGGAGCUCUCCCCUUUCCCCAGGGGUCUUCUGGCACCUGGAGCAAAUGCUGUAACCAUGAGGCUGGAAAACCCCUUUUCUUACCUCCCUUCUGGUUCCCUGGUCUCUGGGCUGGGCUGUUGGGUCUUUGCCCAAGAAUAAACAGUUUCAUGGUAAAUCAGGCAUGCUGGUGAGAAGUAGGGAAAAGGGGGAACCUCUUUUCCAGAGAAUGGAGCUGGAGCAGGGUCUCUGCUCCUUCCAAGGGGGUGUUAACCACAGGUUCUGGUAUAGGGAGCAUCUGGCUUUAUAGGGCAAGCCUUACUGGUCCUUUAGAGAUGAAAAUAACACUCCUUCUGGGGUAAAACCCCCUGGAGCCACCAGGGAGAGGUCACCCCUGGGGUUUACACCCUUCUCCAGGGGCUAGUGCUGGUUUUAGAGGCCUCCUUGCCAUGCUGACUGCAGGAGGAUCCCCAGGGGGACGUGCUGAGGCUACCUGCAGCCCGAGCGCAGGGGCCCAGGCAGCUGCCCUGCACCAGCAGCAGCUCGCAGCGUUCUGUGGCGUUUUCCCAAGCUGCAGAGGAAAAGAGGGCACUCAACUGCUGCUUCAGCACCGUGCAUCUCCGCCCAGGGAUAUUUAAUCCCAGUGCUGAUGCAGAAGGUGAAGCUGGUGAGGCAGGAGAAAUGCUAAACAGCUGUCAGAGCAGAUUUCCCUUAUUUACUCUAUUUCCCUCUUCUAUUCUCCCUCCUUGUCAGUUUGCCCCAUACAUGUGUUACGAAUUAGCCCUGCAGAAACAGACGGUUACAGGCAGGAGACGAGUUUGUAUUUGAUGCUGUAGCCUGUUGCAAAUGCUGCACUGUUUUGUUCAUUUUAUUUUUUAAUCAACAGAUUGUAAUUUAUGCCUAUGCAAGAAAAAAAAAAAAAGACCAAGACAAAUAAAUUAUAUCAAAA